CUACAGUGGUCCGAUACCACCAUUCUUUUUUAGGAUUCCACACUGGGGGCCUUGUUUCCCACACUUUGGAGGCGGGCAUUUCAAGCGUUGCAUUAUGGGUGAUCCGCCGUAACGUGCUGACGGACUUACUUUCCUGCCAGGGGACGGAAUUUCUGUGUCGUUGGGAGGAUUUUCGGCGCUAUGAAAUCAACAUGCGACAAGACGAGGAUGAACGUCUUGAAGGUCAGCGGAGAAGAUACUUGUCAUGAUCUUUGUUAUCCUACAGGAAGACCGUACCAUCUGAUGGGAUCAACCUGGCUGUGGGCCAACGCCGAUUAGCUCAUCAUUUCCAGGGCCAUUUAUUUUAUUUCUGACCAUCUUGAGCUUUAUUUAUCAUUCACAAUAAGCAUGAGCCAACGAAUAUUGGCUGCUGUCAUCAAAUUCCAAUAGGUGAUCAGUGCUUAGUUUGGCGUUCCAGGGGGUUGCCAUGGAUGUGUGGCUGGUAUAUUCAUUUCAUUCUGGUAAGAUCAUCCAGACUCCAUCUGAUGAAAGUCCAUUUGCAGAAAUGGGAGGGAAGCAAAAAGGCAAGCAUGGUAAAUCAAGACGGAGAGAUACUAAUGGAGAAGCUACCGGGCGAAGCCACUGGUUGAAGACGAACCUGUCUGAAGACUUUGAGUCUUUGUCAUUGGAUUACGAUACCCCUCCCAGCUCGUCCCGCAGAGCGUCGCACCAUUCCUCCCCUCGAGUCCGUAAUGAAUCUUCCCCCUCCUCGAGGCUGACUGUGGAUGAGCUGGAACAAGCUGACCGCAAGCGCCUUGCUCGUGCUCGCGCUGCUGGGCAAACUCCCAUUGCCGAGACAGUUGACCGUCACCGAUGUUAUAUGGAAGCUGUGCAGUUACCAUCUGCCGAAGUUCACAAUCUCGUGAACCUGUACUCCGAGCUCCGAUCCGAGAGUACAGCCCCUCGACAUCGUCCAACCAUUCUUCGAGAAGAUUUUUGCGGAACUGCUAUUCUAUGCCGGGAAUGGUGCAAAGGCAGUGUUGAACAUGAAGCCUGGGGAGUUGACUUGGAUCCCAAUGUUAUCAAAUAUGCAAAGGAGAGAACAUUGGGCUUGGAUGGAGGCCCGGAAAGUGAGCGUGUAAAAGUUGUGGUGGGGAAUGUAUUAUCCGAUCGAAAUACCCUUGGCGUACCGAAAGUGGAUAUCAUUGCUGGAUUAAAUUACGGCGUCAAUUACUUCAAGAAGCGCCCCGAUCUAAUGGUUUAUUUACGCAAUUGCCGAGAGGGACUGGCUGACGGCGGUACGCUGAUUGUUGACUUGUUCGGUGGGGCAACAGUCAGUUCGACCGGUGGACGGUUAUUCGAACGAAGAUACAGUGAUUUCACGUAUUACUUCGAGCAAAAGCCUUAUGAUGCUCUAACAAAUACUUCCAAAGUGCAUCUCCAUUUUCGGUUUGACGAUGGCUCAUGGCUGAAGAAUGCUUGGACGUAUGAUUUUCGCGCAUACACCAUCAUAGAGAUUCGCGAGGCCAUGAUGGAGGCUGGGUUCCGAUCCACUCACGUUUGGAUUGCGGCGAGUACAGAAGAGAAAGAAGCGAGGGCCGAUGCUAGCAAAGAUAGUCUUGCUACAGAUGACGAGGGGACCGAUGAACAGGAAGAAAAUCAUGAUAGCGACAUUAGUGAUGAGGAACCUAGGCAUAGACAUACUAACAAGCGCUCAUCAACCCGCCGUGGAUCUGGGACGGAGGGCGCGUAUUCGUAUGAGAGAGUAGACGGUACACUCGAGCAGUUGCAGUCAUGGAAUGCUUACGUGGUUGGCAUUGUAUAAGCUCUUUGAGUAGGACGAUAAACACAAUUGGACUGUGGUUAUGUUCAUGUUCACGAUGUACAUUUGACAGAAUCAUAGAAUAGAUUAUCUCGUACUAGGUGAGCCGCUUUGGAAAACGAACAAAGCCGGCAAGGACUAAACAAGACAAGACGCAUCAAAGGAUUCGGCUAAUGCCAGUAGGCGUACGUGGAGCACACGUAUUACUAGACUUUCCAAGGCGAUAGUCGAUGGUAACAAUGGGAUAUAUAAACAUACAUGUUUUGUUGUGCUGCUAAUUCUACAUAUCAAUGAACUAUAUACAAUAUUUCUGAAC